AUGACAACCCCAACUCCAAACCUCAUCUCCACCAACAAGCUCUCCGGCACCCGCGUGCUCAUCAUCGGCGGCACCUCGGGCAUCGGCUUCGCCGUCGCCCGCGCCGCCCUCGAGCACGGCGCCAGCGUCCUCGUGGCCAGCUCCCGCCCCGAGAAAGUCCAGUCCGCCGUCUCCCGCCUCCACACCUUCUACCCAGACGAGCAGUUCACCGCCAGAGUAGCCGGCACCACCGUCGACCUCGGGGACGAGUCUACCAUGGAAGCAAACAUCCUGGCUCUGCUCGACAAAGCCACACAGCCUGAUCUCUUCCCGUCUAGCCCCUCGCCCAACGCCGUCGACGGCCGGGUCCUCCUGGACCACAUCGUCUUCACAGCCGGCGACCUGUUCAAACUCCUCCCGCUCACAGACCCAGCGCUUGAUCCCGCAUACAUCCGCUCCUUGACCACCGUCCGGGUGCUGGGCGGCUUGAUGCUCGCGAAGCACGUCCCGGCGUACAUGGCGCAAUCGGCGCGGUCGUCGCUGACGCUGACGAGCGGGGCGGUGGCGAUGCGGCCGCCGCCUGGGUACAGUGUCGGUGCUCUGAUUGCGAAUGCGAUUAUCGGGCUUGGGCGGGGCCUGGCGGUUGAUCUUGCGCCGGUGCGAGUGAAUGUUGUUGCACCGGGGGCGGUGCGGACGGAGCUGUUCGAUGGGUUUCCUGAGGAGACGCUUGAGAGGCUUAAGGGGAGGUCGUUGACGGGGGAGUUUGGGAGGCCGGAGGAUGUGGCGGAGGGGUAUUUGGGGCUCAUGAAGGAUGGGUUUGUGACGGGGGGUGUGGUUCAGUCAGAUGGGGGGAUGGCGUUGAAGUCUUGA